CACUUACAAAAUACGGCAAUAUAAAAAAUUCUUGCGACAAGAAAAAAUAAAGCCGUAAAUAAUUAUUACCCACAAAUUGUUACAUUAGCUGUUGUAAAAAGCGCAAUAGUGUUAAGCUCCAUAUAAGUUAAAAUUGAAAGCCGUUUAGUUGAAAUUGAUGUAAGCAGAAAACUUAAAACAAGGAGGAGCCAAUUUAAGAGACAGCAACAAAGAAGUUGCCGCAAUCUUCAGUUGCAGCUCUACUUUUUGAGUGGGGCGGGGAACACGCACACCAAUACAACCACACAACCAGCACACCCACACAUAUACAUUUGUUAGACUUACGACUGCAAUUGUAAACAUCGACAGGCACUACGGAGCGAACGAAGCCAAAUGACGGAAUACAAGCUAGUUGUUGUUGGUGCCGGUGGCGUUGGCAAAUCGGCGCUAACCAUACAACUCAUCCAAAAUCAUUUUGUAGAUGAAUACGAUCCCACAAUCGAGGACUCAUAUCGAAAGCAAGUGGUUAUUGAUGGUGAGACCUGCUUGCUAGAUAUUCUGGAUACCGCCGGCCAGGAAGAGUAUUCCGCCAUGCGUGAUCAGUAUAUGCGCACCGGUGAGGGUUUUCUACUGGUGUUUGCGGUAAAUAGUGCUAAAUCCUUUGAAGAUAUUGGCACAUAUCGCGAGCAAAUCAAACGUGUCAAGGACGCCGAGGAGGUGCCAAUGGUGCUUGUGGGCAAUAAAUGUGAUCUGGCUUCGUGGAACGUGCAGAACGAGCAAGCAAGAGAGGUGGCCAAGCAAUAUGGCAUUCCAUAUAUUGAAACAUCGGCCAAGACGCGCAUGGGAGUCGAUGAUGCAUUUUACACAUUGGUGCGCGAAAUACGCAAGGAUAAAGAUAACAAGGGACGAAAAGGACGUAAAACGAAUAAGCCGAACCGUAGAUUUAAAUGUAAGAUGCUCUAAAUGGCCACGCUUAAGAUUUAUUUUUUCAUUAACGCCUGUCCGGUUUGUGUGUAUGUGAGUGUGUGUUUGUUGUGUGUGCCAUAAAAAUGCUGUAGCUUAUAUAUUUUUUGUGGUAUUUGUCAUUGCUGAUUUUCGUUUACGCACAAAUACACAUGCGCACACACACACCCACACAGACACAAGUGCGCGUGUUAGGUUGGUGCAAUUGAUGGGAGGAUGAACAAAAUUGUAAUUAAUUUAAGCAACUAAAGUUUUAUUGUAUGUUAAAUCAUUUUGUGUGUCGUUUUGAAAAGCUUUGUGGCGCCCUUUUAAGAUUAUUAAUUAUGCGUGUGUGCCGUACAUGUAUAAAUAACUAUGAAUACUAUUGUAACUGCCUUGGUUAAGCUGCUGCGACAGCGCAUUUUUGAUGACUAUUUGCUUUCAGUAAGCACGAAACUAAAACUAACUCUGUAUGUUAUUUGUGUGUACCGUGCUUAAAACGAUAUUUGUAUUUGAUUAAUUAAUUCGUUUUCGGACCUGUUUCUUUUGGUUUACUGAUUGGCCUAACAGCCAGUGUUUACAAUUAAUAGCAUUUUUGGGAGCUGCAUAUAUAUCUUUUACCAGUCACGCUUGAUUUCGUUCCCUCUCUUGCAAACACACUCACACGCACAAACAGAAUUCCAUUAGAAUUUCCACAAGAAAAUUGAAA